AUGAGCCAACUUCUGACGUCGCGGCAGGCCGAGGAGCUGCACAAGUCUAUGAUAGCAUACCUUAACUCAGCGAAUCUUCUACACAGCGCCGCGACGUUACGAGAAGAACUUGACAUCGGUGAAAGCUUCGAUUCUGCCACGAGCAAGAAAUAUGAAGGCUUGCUGGAGAAGAAAUGGACAAGUGUGGUGCGGUUACAAAAGAAGAUAAUGGAUCUCGAAUCGAGAAACGCGGCUUUACAGAGUGAAAUCGACAAUGCUACCCCUACGUCUCUAUCAAACCGAAAUACCGAUCCUACAGCUUGGCUACCAAAAUCACCAGCCAGGCAUAAUCUUCAAUCGCACCGGGAAGCAAUUACAUGUGUUGCAUUUCAUCCAGUAUUUUCAUCAUUGGCAUCAGGUUCGGAGGAUUGCACGAUCAAAAUCUGGGAUUGGGAGCUUGGAGAACUGGAACUCACUGUUAAAGGACACACAAGAGCGGUAUUGGACGUUGAUUUUGGUGGCCCUAGAGGAGGAACAUUACUGGCAUCAUGCUCCAGUGAUCUUACCAUCAAAUUAUGGGACCCAAGCGAUCAGUAUAAAAACAUCCGCACAUUGCCUGGACACGAUCAUUCCGUUUCAGCCGUUCGAUUCAUACCUAGUGGAGCAGCUGGAUCACCUUCAUCAGGAAACCUUUUAGUAUCAGCAAGUCGAGACAAAACUUUACGGAUAUGGGAUGUUUCUACAGGAUAUUGUGUCAAAACCGUUCGAGGACAUGCGGAUUGGGUUCGUGAUGUAGCACCUUCUUAUGAUGGUCGAUGGCUUUUAUCCGCUGGAGUGGAUCAGACUGCAAGAAUUUGGGAUGCUUCAUCAGGAGAACCAAAGGCAACUUUGUUAGGUCAUGAGAAUACGAUCGAAUGUUGUGUAUUUGCACCACCGGCAAGUUACCCUCAUCUCGCCGCAAUGGCAGGAUUAAAGAAACCACCUGCAGCCAGCAGUUCUGCCGAAUAUAUCGCUACGGGAGCUCGAGACAAAAGUAUUCGGAUAUGGGAUGCUCGCGGUACAUUGAUUAAGACACUAAUUGGCCAUGACAAUUGGAUUAGAGCUCUGGUUUUCCAUCCUGGCGGAAAAUACUUGCUAAGUGUAGCGGAUGAUAGAACAUUGAGGUGUUGGGAUCUUGCUCAGGAAGGAAAGUGUGUGAAGACGAUAAGUGAUGCGCAUGGACAUUUCGUCAGUUGCAUGAGAUGGGCCCCAAGCGUUAUUAAGGAUGCUCCUUUGCUGAAUGGUGAAAAUGGAGUAGGAACUCCAAUCAAGAAUGGGAAUGGGGCAACGAAGAAAGAGGAUGCAAAAGGGAGUGAUAUAGAUUGUACGAGCCUGAUGCCUCAAAUACCUAGUAUUUAA